AUGGACAUUGCGACUCCAAAGAGACCGAAUCCUUCUGCCUUUGAUGACCAUGGCCCCCCGUCGAAGAGACUCAAGACGCUCCCCGAAGAGCCUGCGCAAUACAGCGAUGCGGUCCGUAAAAAGCUGGCAUCGACGUCUCGAACAGGGCAGGCCUGCGACCGGUGUAAAGAGAGGAAGAUGAAGUGUGACACAGACCCGGUGGCAUGCCAGCCUUGUCGUCAGAAGGGUUUGCGGUGCUACACCACCGAUCGUGUCACGGGGCAAGCACGAGAAAGAGGAGAAUCGCAUCGCGCCGAGAAUGAGCUGCUGUUUUUGAGGGAACAGCUGGCCGCCUACCAGCGCAGAUAUGGCUCCCUGCAACGGUCUGACUCCAGUGGCAUCGCGCCUAUUGUCACUCCCAGGAGUUCAAUCUCUCAAUCCACAGCGCAUUCUGUAUCGCCUACGUCAUCCAGACUUGAUGCGAAAUACAUUGGCUGGCCUGCACCAGAUCACUCCGAGGCUCUGUAUUCUGGUCCGGUCAAGGGUACUGUGGUGGACAUUAUGGAUGGUGUCAUCGACAUCGCAGACUGGGAAUGUGAAAUGAUGGAAGACUAUGCCACUGAGAUUACGGGCAAAUUCAACCUCUCGAGGACAUCAAUCAUCAAUACCAUGUGUGGACUUCAACGUGUGGAGGACCCAAAACUGCCUCCGAAAGAAGAAGCUCUUCGUGAUGCCAAUCAUUUUCUGGUCAUCAUGUCACAAUACGUUCCGAUCGUCCACCGACCCAGCUUCAUGGUCCUAGUCAACAGAUUCUAUGAUCAGCCGGAUUCGUUGACUGUUGCUGAGCGGCUCCAGGUUCUGAUUGUCUUCGCCAUAAUUGCCCAUCAAACGGCGGUGAGAAACCAUCUCCAAUCUGCUGAGAAAUUCGACGAUUCCCAUCGUUAUCUACACUGCGCCCUGGGUGAUUACCGUGAACUACUCCAGGACAGGUCCCUUGCAUCUAUGCAGGCAAUGGCGCUGCUCAUCGUCCACUUUCGGAACCUACCAAAACCUGGUAUAUCUUGGACCUAUUGCCACCAAGUCCUAGUUCGCGCUAUCGAACUGGAAUACCAUCGCGACCCGGAUAAGAUCCGACUCCCGGACGGCGAAAACGAUCCACUGUCAAAGGAGCUCCGAAAAAGAGUCUUUCAUUCAAUACUCGGUGUCUGUGUGACGACAGGUUGUCGCGUUGGCUUACCGGCACCAUGGCAAUUCCAGCAUAUCGACAUCCCUUUACCAAGGCCCAUCAAAGACUCCGAGAUAUCCAAGACCGGAUUCGCUUCGGAGUUGUCAGGUCAAUGCGAGUUCUGGCCUUGUCUACACCUGGCAAAAUUACUUCCCCUUCUCACCGAAUUACACAACAACAUCAUAGCCGUCAGGAGACCUGCAGAAGAAUACCUUCAAACCGUGGAAACACUUAACACGAAAAUAGUCGCGUGGCGGCAGGAUUGGGACGAGUCAACCAAAAACGAGCCAAAGCAUGUCAAUCUAAGUGUCGCGACCCUACUAUUCGAGACGUGGGCUGCCGAGUAUCAGCUAAACUUACAUCAUCCAGUAUGCUGCACGAGUGACGACCCUGAGGUGAUGGAACGGCAUCUGGACAUCUGCCACAAAUCCGCCAAACGUCUAUUGCAAAGCUUUCACCGAUUGUCGGGCAGGUACAAAGGCGUGGACUUCACUUGGCAUUCCACGCUGGCAUAUGCGACUGGGUUUGGCAUCACCCUGUAUGUCUACAACAGGAAAAAAGGGUCGGUUACCGCUGAGCAAUUCGAGGCAAUGCGGAAUGAGCUAAAAGGCUGGACAUCGUUGAUGGCGUAUGCAGACCUUGUCCUGAGAACCGGCAACCACUUGCAGAGACAAUUUCAGCCUCGUGUGCAAGCUCUUGAAGAUGAAUGCCGAAGGAUUUUGCUCGAGCAACCUCCCAAAGGUCAUAAUUCUCGCAGUCCAAUAAGUCCAGUCAACCAUUCCAUCGUGGGAGGCACCGUGAAAGUCGAGCAGGCAAAUGCGCUCCCGUUCCAAGAACAUCCCAGCCCAAACGCGACGAUGCACAGGAGCAAUCCUCCGCAACCAAUGUUCAUGCCUCAAGGAAUUCCCCAAAACCACCCAACUUCUCCCUUGGCUCAUCAACAGACUCAGCGGCAAUGGGCUGGCACAUUCUCUUUCCUGCCGCAGCCUCCAACGGCAGGACAUGCGCCCGAGCAAGGGCCAGGUGUCACGUCGCCCAUAUUUACAACUUUUGCACACUCUCCGAUUACUGGACUCUCCACGUCUGCGUCCAUGCCGGCCAUUCCCACAUCUUUGGCAUCCCUGCUUAAUGAUUCGGGAAAUCUCUACAUGCAUUUCUCUCCACCGCAUCAUCAUCAUCACAACAGUCUUGGGGUAGGGGUUGGCGGAGGGGGUGAUUCACAGAUGCACUACUCACCAGACCAUUACUUUGACGGCCCAGGACUGGGGUGGCCGCUGAUUAGUAUGCCACCAGGUCAACAGUCAUGA